AUGAGCGUUGACCCGCUCUCUCAGCUCCUCAGCGACCUCGACAUCUACGCCCAGCAAGUGCAACGACCCCUGCGUAUCCGGCGGCCCGUCCAACAUGUCGCACCAUUUCAGCCCAGAUUUGCCGUGCGCGAGACCGAGACAGCCUACGAGCUGUACGCCAGGCUCCCGGGGGUCGAGCGCGACAACCUCCAGGUCGACCUGACUGAAGAGCAGACCCUGGUCAUCCGCGGCCGGGUCGAGCAUACACCGGCCGAGAGCAAGCCUGAGCCAGCCGCCGCCGGGGCGCCCGCAGUCGAAGCGCCCGAGCCUCAGAGCCCCACAAAGCACUACCAGGCGACGGUCGAGGACGGCGCAGACGACGACGAGGAUGACGACUACUCAGAGAUUGCCACGCCCGCCACACCAACACAAGCCCAGCAGCCAGCCCCCGCGCAGCAGCAACAGCGGAGCGAAAGCAAACCACGCGAGCGCGUGUUCAUUGGCGAGUUCGCACGCACGUUCACUUUCCCCGGGCGCGUCGACGCGGACGGCCUCUCGGCGGGCUUUAAUAACGGUGUCCUGAAAGUCACGGUGCCCAAGGAGAAGGAGCACCAGGUCCGUCGCAUUAUCGUCAACUGA